AUGGGAAAGAAAAGACGCGGACCUUCGCUGGAAGAGGUUCUAGCUCGACCGUGGUGCUACUACUGCGAGCGCGACUUCGACGACCUGAAGAUCCUCAUCUCCCACCAGAAAGCGAAACACUUCAAAUGCGAGCGAUGCGGGCGGAGGCUCAACACAGCCGGAGGCCUAUCGGUCCACAUGAGCCAGGUACACAAGGAGCAGCUGUCCACAGUCGACAAUGCGCUUCCUAACCGAUCUAGUCUCGACGUGGAGAUCUUCGGCAUGGAAGGCGUCCCCGAGGACAUCAUCCAGGGUCACAACCAGCGCGUCGCGACCCAGUUCCAGCAGGCCGAGGCCGAGCGUCAGGCUGUCACGGGGAACCCGCCUGCCGGCCAGGGCGGCGCCACCCCCAGCGGGGGCCCGCAGCCGGCCAAGCGACCCAAGCUGGAAAAUGUGUCGGAUUUGAAAAAGCGCUUGGCGGAGCAUAAGGCGAAGAAGGCGGAGGCUCUCGCGGGCGGGAGUAGUGGGGAGGUCACGCCUGUUGGGGCUGGUCAGACGACGACGACGACGAGUAUUGGAUUUAAUGCAUCAAAUCCCCCCGCUCAGCAAUUCUCUUAUCCCCAGCCGUACACAGGUGCCGCUGCGGGUUCUCCCUUCCAAUCAACGGCAAGUCCCGUUUACCAGAACUUCUUACCCGGCGGUCCACAGCAGUACCCUUCUAGCACGCAGUACACGUCGCCGUCGACCUACUCGCCGCAGCCGUUCACGGCCCCGACCCCGGGACAACCCCUCGGAUACCCGUCGCAACCGCCGUCGCAGACCAACACCCCGCCUCAGAGCGCGACCGGCCUGCCGCAGCGACCGCCCAGCCUGCCGAGCGCGUCCACCCUGCCACAACGACCGGUGAUGGGCGCCCCGCCGGUCAACGCGUUCCAGAUGCAGCAGAUGCACAUGGGGCAGGGGCAGGGCGGGCCCAACGGCGACGGCACGACCCCGUUCGCGACGUCGGUUGACGAUUUGAUUUCGGGGGCAGCGCGGGCAGCCGACCAGGCAGCGGCGCCGGCAGCAGCCCCAGCGGCGCCGGCAGCAGCCCCAGCGGCACCGGCAGCGGCGCCCGCGAAAGCCGAACCGACAGACGAGAAGACGACCAAGAAGGACAAGGCGAAGCAGACCCGGCUGGUGUACGCCGACAACGAGACCAGUCCGGAGGAGAAGAUGGCACGACUGCCGCGGUAUGCGUUCGUUCCUCAGGAGGAGACUGUUCUGGACGAGGUACCUGCAGCUGUGACAGCGCCGAAUGAUACUCUAGGGAGCUAG